AUGGAGCAGGAAUAUGCAAACGCUCAGCCGUCCGGCCACAGAAAAUACGUCGAGAAGAUCGCUGUCGUCGGAGCAAGUGGUCGAAUCGGCAAACAUAUAACCCAAUCCCUUUUAACCACUGGAAAACACACCCUCACAGCCAUUACUCGCCCUGACAGCUCCCACGACCUCCCCUCCGCCAUUACCGUCCUGAAAGUCGACUACAAUAACCACGACUCUCUCAUCCACGCCCUGCGAGGCCAAGAAGCCCUUAUAAUCACUCUAAAUAUAUCACCUCCACCUGAAAUUCAACACAAUCUCAUCUCCGCCGCUGUGGCGGCCGGUGUAAGCUGGAUCCUACCAAAUGAAUUUGGCGGUGAUCCCUUCGACGUAGCCAAGGGUGAAGACGCCAUCAUCGGCGCGGGAAAAUUGCGGUUUCGCGAACAGAUUGAAAGACUUGGGUGCAACUAUAUUGGUGUUGCAUGCGAGUUUUGGUAUGAGUUUAGCAUCGGUGGUGGACAGAAUCGGUUCGGAUUUGAUUUUGAGGAUAAGUCUUUGGUUAUGAUGGAUGAUGGAAGGACGAAGAUUAGUGUAUCGACGAUGCCGAUGGUUGGAAGGGCUGUGGCCGCUCUUCUCAGUCUCRGGGUUUCUCCUGAUGAUCACGAUMAAAUUCAAGCCGAUGGCAAGAGUGGUGCCAGUGCCAGCCUUGAGGACUUCAAAAACAAGGCAGUGUACAUCUCAUCCUUCACGCUAUCCCAGCAAGAUAUACUGGAAUCCGUUCUUCGUGUAACGGACACCAAGCCAGAGGAUUGGAAAAUCACUCAUACCACUGCUAAGGAGCGCUGGAAAUCCGGCCACGAAUUGCUCAAGGCUGGGAACAUGGCCGGGUUUGUCAGAUUGUCUUAUGCUCGGGCAUUCUUCCCUGAUGACCCGGAAAAUUUCGAGGCGAGCAGAGGCCUGGACAAUGGAGUGCUGGGACUGUCCCAAGAGGAUUUGGAUGAGUUUACCAGAAUCGGUAUGAAUACCAAGCUAACGCAUGUGAAAUAA